GUUGAAUGUUGCGUCAAGUGGCUUUUCCGGCUGUUCCUCCGAAAAUGGCUGGAUGCUGCGGCUUUUCGCGAUCUUUGACUAUGCGCUCAGUUGAAUAUUUGAUAAAUUAUACAUCGGAUUACCCGUGCUGGAUCUCGGUGGUGUGCAUUAUGACGGAUCUCGCCCACCACGAGAUCCGCCCCUGGCAUUUUGUUUCUUUAGCGGGGACGACACACCGUGUCACGACAAUCGCGAACCGAUCAAUUCAACGCCCUCUCGUGAUAUUUAAGCCGCCGGGUACCGUGCGUAUGUCGAUGUUAAGUUUGCGAACCAUAGGCUCGUCUCUAGCUUGAUAUGGCCACUGUCAAGUCCGCUGAGGAGAAUGUCUCCUUUCCCGACGCGGUCGGCGACAACUCUGCCGAUUUUGUCGCUCCACCCUCCUCGCUCCACCAGAAGAAUAUCUUCGUGAGGAUCCGUCGGGACCCAUGGUUCCAGAUUAUCUUGAUAUCGUUCAUUGCGUUCUGUAACCCAGGCAUGUAUAAUGCCCUCACGGGUAUGGGCGGGUCCGGCCAGGUAGACUCCACGGUGUCUGCUAACGCCAACGUCGCGACCCAUGCCGCUACCGCUGGUGCGGCUCUCGUGGUGGUCGGAACUCUAUACAAAUACCUAGGUCCACGUCUUUCGCUUCUCAUUGGUGGCUGGACUUACGCUUUGUACGCGGGCGCUCUGCUGAACUCUAUUCGAGUGAAGAAUGGCGGACCCUUCGUGAUUGCUUCUGGUGCGCUGCUGGGUCUGGGAGCUGCCUUCUUCUGGGUUGCCCAGGGCACUAUCAUGGUGACCUAUACCAAAGAUCAGACACGCGGCCGAGCUAUUGGUGUCUUCUGGGUGAUCUUCAAUCUAGGCGGGACUAUUGGCUCGCUCGCAAGUUUUGGUCUGAACUACCACUCGAAGUCCGGCACCGUUACCGAUUCAACAUAUAUUGCGUACAUCGUCAUCAUGCUAUUCGGAUGGGCGCUGUCCGUCUUGGUCUGCUCGACAGAGAGUCUUUCCGAGAAAUAUCACGGCCAUCGCAUUGCUCAAGAAUCGAAAGCCUUCAACUUUGGGAACCUGAAGUCGACUGUCAUCCAAGUGAUUCGAAUUGUAUUUGAUUGGAGGAAUCUUUGUCUUUAUCCAAUGUUUUAUAAUGCCAACGUCUUCUAUUCAUACCAGCAGAACGACGUGAACGGCCUGACUUUCAACUUGCGCACACGGUCGCUGAAUGGUGCGCUUUACUGGAUUGCUCAGAUGAUCGGCGGGCUUCUGAUGGGGCUGAUCCUCGACCUUCACACCCUCAAUCGCCGAACUCGUGCUAUCACCGGAUGGGCGAUUCUCUUCGUCACCGGAAUGGUGAUCUGGGGUGGUGGAUAUCAAUUCCAGGUUUGGGAUGAUAAACGCCUGGCUCUCGGUCUCAAACAGGAUAUCGAUUACAAGGAUGGCAGCAAAUUCUUGGGUCCCAUGUUUCUGUACUUUUUCUAUGGAGCGUAUGAUUCAUUCUGGCAGUCAUUCUGCUACUGGAUCAUGGGAGCUCGGUCGCGCGACCCGGUAGUCAACGCCGUUGUCGUUGGAGCAUACUCUGCCUUGAAGCCUGCUGGCGGAGCCAUGGCGUGGAGAAUCAAUGCAGAGAAGGUCAGCCCGAUGAAGCAGUUCGCUAUGAACUGGGGCCUCAGCAUCGGAAGUCUUCUGGUGGCUAUUCCCACUGUGAUAACGAUCCAGAAGUCGGAUAAAAAUUUGGACGACGACACCUCGGAUGACCAGACCAGAGACCUCGGGAAGAAUUAGUUGGAUUCUCCUGUGAAGGAUUCAAGAGGAAUGCAUGUCUCGUCUGACGGAUGUCAGUUUGGAUAUAUCUCAUAAUGUCAUGGUAGACCUACGUACCUUUUGUAUGCCAUGCCAGCUCCUUCAGGCUCU